AAGCGUAAGUACACUUAUCUAACAAUAUAUUUAAACAAAAAUGUUGUCGUACCAGCUUAUUUAGGUACUUACGUACAUUCCGUAAAAAUGAGUUUCGUUAUUGCUAUUAUAUUUACAUUAAUUUUGUGUUAUUUCGGAUAUGUUUCCUACAAAAAUUACCAAUUCAAACAAAUUUUAUCCUGGAUGCCCACUGUAGCAGGAUGGCCUGUCGUAGGAAAUGCUUUGGAAUUUGGUGAUACUGACAGGCUUCUAUCAGAUGUUACUAGAUUGAUACCAAAAAAGGAGAAAUUUGUAUUUCUAACUUUUCUAGACGUACCGAAUAUCUUUACCACAAAUGAAGACUUCGUUGAAUUCGUACUUAGCGGUCAUAACAUCUUGUCUAAAUCUUCCGAUUACAGAUUCAUUAAAAAAUGGCUUGGAACUGGAUUACUAACGAGUGAUGGUGCAAAAUGGAAACCGAGAAGACGUAUUACCACUCCAGCAUUUCACUUUUCAAUUUUAGAAGACUUUGUGGACGUGUUCGAAGCUAAUGGGAAAAUUCUUGUGAAUAAAUUGAAGAAUUUCGUUGAUCAAAGCAGCGUUGAUAUUUACCCUUUCAUUACACUAUACGCCCUAGAUGUAAUAUGCGAAACCGCUAUGGGUGUUCAGUUUCACGCCCAAGACAACGAGUCCUCCGAGUACGUGAAAAACGUCAAGCUCAUGUGCAAAAUUGGCAUCGUACGAUCGACAUCCGUGGUGAAAAAUUUCGACCUGCUCUACCCCCUGACAUUGGAUUAUUGGCGAGAAAAAAAUGCUUUGAGGCAGUUACACGGCGUCACCAAUUCCGUGAUCGUCGAAAGAAAGAAAAAAAUGAAAGGCAACGUUGUGCCAUCCGUGGACGAAUUCGGCAGGAAGAAAAGAAUGGCCUUUUUGGAUAUAUUAUUGAAUUCUACUGUUAAUGGCAGCCCGUUGAGUCAGGAGGAUAUCAGAGAGGAAGUGGACACGUUCAUGUUUGAGGGACAUGAUACUACUGCAUCUGCAAUGACUUUCUGCAUGUAUUUCAUAGCUAAUCAUCCCGAUGUCCAAAAACGCAUUAUGGAAGAACAAAGAGACAUAUUUGGUGACGAAAUUUUACGAGACAGUAAGAUCAGCGAUCUGCAGCAAAUGAAGUAUUUGGAAUGCGUUAUUAAGGAAUCGUUGAGACUUUGCCCGUCAGUUCCGAUGUAUGGCAGACAUACUAUUCAAGACAUGAUUUACAAAGGUAAUAUCGUCCCGAAAGGGAUAAACAUUGUUAUUUAUGCCUACGGCAUGCUUCAUGAUCCGGAUUAUUUCCCGGACCCGGAGAAGUUCGAUCCCAGCAGGUUUGAGACUGUCGAUGGAAAGUGGCCGUUUAGAUACCUGCCUUUUAGUGCAGGACCAAGAAACUGCAUAGGGCAAAAAUUCGCUAUGCUGGAAAUGAAAUCGACAAUCUCACAGUUGAUGAGAAAUUUCGAAGUUUUUCCAGCUACUCCAGAACAUAAGUUAAUAUUGGUUCCUGAGGCUGUACUAAAAUCAGCAAAUGGAGUGCGAAUUAGAUUAACUCCGAGAAAGUAUUAA